GUGCCAGCCAAUGAGGGUGGCCGCUCGCGGGUGUUAGCGGAAGUCCCUUGGCGGGGUCUCCGGGCGGCUGGCGGAAGGAUGGCGGCCAGCGCUGCCAGGGUGCGUGCGCGGUCCCUGGAGCCCCUUGAUUUUGGCAGUACUGCUGAUAUUAUUAAACUAAUACCUAAGGAUCUAUUUGCUGAGCUAUGUGAGCGAAUUAUUCAGCAUCUUCAUGGUCAGAGCCCAGGUGUAGAUACAGUAGAACUAUGCCAGAGAUUUCAAACAGCUGGAGUUGAAAUGAAUGUUGCUGACCUGGCAAAGAUAAUUAAUGUUGUUUCCUUUUUAUUCGGCACAGCGGCCAAAAACAACUUGUCUGCAGAAGAACUCUCCACUGGUCUGGGUAAUGCAAUCAGUAUGCUGCCAAAACAUGCCGUUCAGGUUAUUCGCCAUAUAUGGAAUGAACAGGGUAAAUUUAUCAUUAUAUCAGAAGAUGCUAGAAAAAUGGCAACAGUGGGACAGAUUAUAGAUAUUCAGUGGAAACUGGGAAUGGCAGUGAGCUCUGACAGCUGUAGGUCUCUUAAGUACCCUUACGUUACAAUGACACUAAAAGUGGCAGAGCCUUCGGGCCAGAUAAUGAGCAAGUCUUUUGAAAUGACAAUCCCACAGUUCCAGGACUUCUUCAGACAUUUCAAGGAAAUGGCAGCUGUUCUUGAAACAGUUUAAAUACUUCAAAGACACACUUUACUUGAUCCUAAUAAGCCUUCCUAUCUUGCACAAGUAAUUGUGUUAAUGUUUAAGUAAGGUAUGUAUUCUCAUGGUUUUGUCAGAAUAUUUUCCAAUAGCUUCCUUUUUUUUUUUUUUUUGAUCACACUGAAAGCUUUUUUUAUGUAACUUUUCUUCUAAAUAUAUGAAAGAACAAACUCUUGCAAGGUGGCAAUCUGAGUAAAAGUCUAUUUAGCUCUAUUCAGGCAGAAGAUUGUGCUACGUAGCUAAGGACAUGGCACAACCUCAAACUUUUCCUACUGUUCAACAGCAGAAGCUAUGUACUGUAUAUAAACUCUGCAAUGUGGAAACACCCAUGAAAAUGCUAACUGAGGAAACUACUGGAAGAAGUGUAAACCCCAUGUUUACACAUUUCUCUAAAAUCAUGCUGUUGAUGUGCACAUGGAAUCAAUUAUAUCAUUAGCUAUGUAGAGUAUAUAAAAUUACAGUCAGCAAGCAUAUUGUUAGCCAUGAAGAAUAGUGUCGUCACCGAACUGAUAAAUUCCAGUUAUAUCAAGUAGGUUGGAAGCCUAAUUUUUAUUCCCUUUUUGUUAAUUACUGGAGAACAUCUUCCAUCAUUCUAGUAAUAAAUUAUUGUUACUUCAAUGUAAGAUUAGUAUCACUUAAAUAUUUCCAUAAAUCUGGAUUUACCAUCUCUCCUAUUGCAGUAAAUAUCUCUAGUAACAAAGACCUAAAAUCUUAGUUCUGUGCAGGGGAGUUAACAUUGACUAAGCGGAAUUUAUAGGUACUUUUAAAUUUUAAAAAUUUAAAAAUAGCAAAUAGAUACAGUUGAUAGCACAUUAUUUUGUUGCUUAUGUAUGUUCUAUAGUAAAUCCAACUUUAAACUUGUG